GGUCGUAUGACCGGAGCGCUGGCGUUCGCCGUCUUUUCGGUAACCCUCGGUUCAUUUCAAUUUGGUUACCAUAUAGGAUGUGUAAAUGCCCCUGGAGAAGUAAGCAUUGCCUUGGUUUCAACGAGUGUAGCUGUGUCGAUGUUUGCUGUAGGAGGAAUGUUCGGUGGAUUGAUGUCUGGCUGGUUAGCUGAUAAAGUCGGUAGACGUGGUGGUCUACUUUACAAUAACCUCUUCGCAUUCAUUGCCGCAGCAUUGAUGGGUUUGGCAAAACCUUUGGGUGUUUACCCAAUGAUGAUCCUAGGCAGAUUUUUCAUUGGAUUGUAUUGUGGACUUACCUGUAUCGUGCCAAUGUAUCUAGCUGAGACCUCACCGAUGAACCUUCGAGGAAUGCUCGGAUCACUUCAUCAGUUCAUUGUUACGGUUGCUAUUCUGGUUUCUCAGGUAAGUACCAUAGGAAUAAGACGUUUGAAAACUAAAAAUUAA